UGCAAAAUAACAGAAAUGCCAAUAUGGUCUUCAUUGACCUUUUUAAGUAUAUAAUUUAUUCUUUCUAAUUGCCAAUCUUUAGAUAGAAGGACGUGUUAUGGGGGUCGGUCACCCAGAGUAUGCAAGUACAAUGUACCUUCUCGCCAAGGUGCUAAGUCUCCAAGGAAAAAGAAGGGACGCAGAAUCCCUUACCGAAGAGUCUAUAAGGAUACUGGAGGAAGCUGAGCUUGGCGAGUCACCAACAUGCAUACAAAGAAUGACAUAUCUCUCUACAGAAUUAAUAAAAUCAAAACGACUUGGUGAAGCUGAAAUCUGGCAAAGGAAGAUAUUACAUACUCUGGAGCUUUCAAAGGCAUGGCAAUAUGUUUGCAUUGUUUGUUCAACAUUCCUUCUUGUGGCAUCAAUAUGUAGUAUGAUGUUAUUCUGGAACAUGGGAUGGGAUUCAUUGCAUACUGCACAUGCAGCUGAACUCCUAAGUUUAACUCUUGAAGCCUUGGAGAAGUUGAAGGAAUCAGAAGAGCUAUUUGAAAGUGGUUGUUUUUCUAGAUGCCUUGCAGCCAGGAAGAAGGUUCUGCCUGAAGGUCAUUUUCUGGUAGCCGUUAGUUUGGUAUACUUGGCAAGGUUAACAUUGCACAAAUUUGCUAGUGAUCUGAAGAACAUAGACAGUGAUGUAGGUACACAUUACUUGGCUAGGGCAAAACAGCACAGCAAUGAUUCGAUCAGGAUUACAGAAGGAAUUCUAAAUUCUUCAAGAAAAGACCAGAACAAAUUUGACAGCAGUUCGGCUACAGAUAGAGAUAAGAUUGCAGCAACAGCUAUUCUCUUGCAAGCACUCCAAGUUGUUGGACUUGUUGAUAUUGCAGCAAAACAUGUGCUAGGGCAAGGGGAUCAAGAUAAUAGAUCAAUUGAGGACGCUGUGAAUAAGUGUAUUUCACUUUACAGAAAGCCUGGUACACGGAGGUUAGUGACAAAAGUCAUCAAGGAGGACUACAUGAGGUGCCUGAGGCUGCUCAUAAAUAUAGUUGAGGACCAUUUGCUCAUGCAACAGACGAUGGAGUUGCAGGAGUUGCUUGGUGAGGCGCGAUUAAUAAUAGAAGAGUUGGGAGAAGAGAGUUAGAAGUAGUAUGUAAUGUUACCUAGGAAAACCAUGUUACAGGUGGACAUUAGGAAAAUCAGAUUGACAGAUAGUAUCCAUGUCAUGUUGCUGAUAUAUUCUAGUAUCUAUCAUGUCACAUAUUACCAUGAAUGCCGUGUGUCCUGCCAGGAGUCGUCAUCUGAUCGCCAUGAAAGGGUUGCCUCAUACUUCAACUUGUUAGAGCCCAAUGGUAUGUACAUUUUCUACGAGUUUGAUGGUUGCAAUAGAUAAGUGCUACGCAAAA